AUAUUGGUUUAGACAAUAUUCAUGAUCAAUAUGAGGAUGAAAACGUGUCAUUCGACAAGGAGUGGUUAUUAAAGCAAUGUGAAUCACAUGUAUCAACAUUUGGAGAUGCGGGUGGUGCUAUAACGCCGAUAAAAUUAUGUACAAAUAUAUUCACAGUACUAAGGUCCAAUAAGAGAGAUGACAUUGAAACGGAACUUGUUGAUCUCCUCGGAUAUGAGAAUCUUAGUUUUGUUACAGCGCUUGUAACAAAUCGAAACAAGAUUGUUGAAAAUAUACGUAUGAAUUCUGAUUUUCAAGAGAAUCAAAUGGAUUCUAUUGAGAAAUCUGACAUUCAGUUAGAUUCAACACCAUUUGAGCCGAAGCGCCCUCAAUUUGGUUCUCAAGUUACCGUUCAGUUUGAAAAUGAUGUCAAAAAAUUGAAACGAAUGAAAAAAGAGCAUAAAAAGGCGAUGAAGCAUCGAAGUGCUG